CUUCCUCAUGGGGGCGACAGAAACUACGCACUAUAGCUUUAAAUCAAAUCAUUCAACAAGCAUUCUCCAACGUGGGCAAGAGAACGAUAACGCUAUUUAUGAUUCAAUGGUGGUCGGAAAAAAUGAAACCUUUUUUUUUAACCACGUUACUGAACAGCCAAGUGGGUUACGUUACGUUUACGUGCCAGACGUGGCGUUUUACGUGCCCCGGGCCAUCGGGCAACCCUUACUGUUGAACCCUGUUUGGAAGUAUGGCUGAUGACGUUUCACACAUGAGGGAAAUGUUUAUAUGCUCAUUAGAAUAACCAGAUUAACGUUAAUUAAAAUGUUUACAUUGUUGUGUUGGGCCGCCACCAAAACAAAACAAGUUUCAGUCUCAACAGGAUUCUUUUUUCAACAUUUGUUAACUACUGUUUGGUCACGCACAAUCCAUAUCGCAACUUUACCGAGACAAUAUGUCUAUAAAAUAUGUUUAAAUCAGUGACCUGUCCAAUCAAAGAAUAACAAUUUGACCAGUGCUUACUAGAGCCGAGACUAUGGAUUAUUUUUUUGAUGAAUUGAUUUAUUUAUUAUCUAUUAAAUGAUAAUAAAUCUAAAACAAUGAAAUUAUUUUCACACCAGAUUAUCUGAACUCUGCUGCAUUUCCUCAUCUGCUUUAUUUUUUGUUUGUCCAGGUGAGAGAAACUUCCCUGAUCGUACCAAAAUAACGGCAAUGAGACAAAGAGAUGCAUGAUUCUGGAUAUGAAGAGGAUCGUAACUUUGAAGCCAAACAAACGCCAAGAUGUCAGAGAAAAAGAUGUCAUCGAGUCGCAAGCAUCAUCUGAAGAGUUUGAUGCUGUCCAUCGCCAAAGGUUUGCUGGAGGAAGAGGAGAGGGAGCGAGAGGAGGAGAGGGAGCGGUACAUGGAGGAGAACUGUCCUCCCGUGUCCAUGCCCAGGAGCAUGCAGGAGCUGCAGGAGCUGUGCAGACAGAUCCACCACAAGAUCGAAGUGAUCGACGAGGAGCGAUACGACCUGGAUCUGAAAGUCAAUAAAAGCAACAAGGAGAUUGACGACCUGAAGAUCAAAGUUCAGGACCUGAUGGGCAAGUUCAAGAAGCCUGUGUUGAGGAAAGUGCGAAUGUCGGCCGACGCCAUGCUGAAGGCUCUGCUGGGCUCCAAGCACACGGUCAACAUGGACCUCAGAGCCAACCUGAAGCAGGUCAAGAAGGAGGUCAAAGAGGAGGAUAAGGAACUGCGAGACGUCGUGGACUGGCGUAAAAACAUCGAAGACAAAUCUGGCAUGGACGGGAGGAAGAAGAUGUUUGAGGGCGAGGCUUGAAUCAGUGUCUCAUCUGCUCUUAACAAAGCUGCGGUAUUUGUAUUGACUGCUUUUAUCAGAUGAACAUUUAGAUACACUCAUACAUUAAAUAUUAAUAAACUACCUUGUGAGCUGCAGACACUUCGACCCAAUAAACAAACUGAAGGAGACGUUU